AUGACGAUCUGGAUCGAGACAGCGACGACGACGAGCGACGUGGUGAUGCCGUUCCCGGCCUUGGCCGUCGCGCCAGAGCCAGAGCCGAAGGCUUCGGACGCAUCAGACGAAGACUCGGAGGACGACCCGGACGACGACGAGUACCGCCUCAUGCUGCGUCACAAGUGGUCGUGCCAAGCGAUUCGGUCCAAGAUUCAAAAGUUCCUUGCGACCAAGAUCAUGACGCAGACCGCGUUCCUCAAAGAAAUCUCGGCCAACAGCAACUCGUACCAGCGCUACAUGAAGCUCAAGGGCCAGUACGGCGGGAGCGACAACCAGACAGCAGCGGCCAAGGAGGCCGCCAAGCUCGCCAAGAAGGCCGCGCCCAAGCGCAAGAAGACCACCAGCGACGAGACUCAGGACGACGACGACGCGCCGCUCGCCAAGAAGCCCAAGUCGACAACGACCAAGCUCACGGGCGCGGACCGGCUCGCGCAGAUCGAGGCGGUCACGCUGCCCGACACCGAAUUCGUCUACGACGACUGCGACGACGUGCGCAGCCACUUGCAGCAGUUCUUCCUCGCGAAAGAAUGCUCGCAGGUGGCGCUUGCUGCCCACUUUGACCUCUCGGUCGGGUCGAUCCGCAAGUUCCUCGCUAUGCACGGGAAGCGCGAAGGCAGUGGCAGCAUCGUGUACAAGGCCGCGUACUUCUUCUUUGAGAAGCUCCGCAUCCUCGAGCAGCGACCCAAGUCGACCAAGCGACAGCGGAUGGAGAAGACCAUGCCGGGCGGCUUCUCGCUCGUCCGCGACCGCAAGGGCCGCUGGAUCGUUUUCAAGGGCAUGUAA